AUGAACAUCGACAUGGAGCAGACGAGCUUCACCAGUAUGCUGGAGAGCACGCAAUUCGGCGGAGCGCUGCAAGUGCAGCAGCAGUCACUAAUGCAUCCACCGGCGUUCGGGCUCCAAGACAUGAUGUCAAUGGGAGGAGUCCCACCGUUCAUGAAGCAACAGCAGCUAGUACAGCCACAAGCUCAAGCUCUGGCCCCCGCUCCGGUGCAGCUCCCAGCAGAUCAAUCGGUGCCGAACGUGCUCCAGAACAUGAUGAGCCACAGUACAUGCUCCAGGUUGACCCCCUCGAGCGUCGAAGCGUCUUUGUUGUCCCUCGUGGACAGCGACCUCCGCGUGUCUUUGAUUGCUAAUCUUCCGGUCUUUCUGAAGGUCUUGCCCCGAUGUAAGACGGAGCCCGAACAGACCCUGGCGCUUGUGAUCCUCCGUGCUACUUCAACUGCAACUGAUACCAAGCUAUCUCGUGCCUGUGCUUGCGCUUUCGAAAAGACUGGAGGUUUGCGUCUUGCACGGACAUGGGUCGACUCUGCUGUGACCUGGCAGCACAAUGACUUGCUCGUCCUCCUCUUAGAAGUGCUGCAGACCCUACCAUUGCAAUUAAGUAGUAUUACGGAAGCACGAAUCAAUGAGCCAAUUGUCAAGCUACGCAAGACUGCUCGCGAAGACCGCGUGAAGCGCGCAGCUCAAGACCUGCUAAAGUUUUGGCGUGGCAAGUUUACAGAGAAAGAAAAGCCAUCGGCGACGCUACCCGUGGCGAAGGAAAAGGGACAGGACGUCAAGCCACUUUCGCCCACGACAUCUUUUGCAAAGCAGACGCCGUUGACAGCAGCAAAGUCUGGCGCUAGCAGUUCAGUGCCAGCGAAACAAGCAAAGGCCUUGAAAAAGCGUACGAUCAAACGGCUAGAACGGCUGCCUUAUGGUGGCGGCAGUGCAGUGUCCAAGUCGAGCGACUUGAUUGGAAAUCUCAUGCAGCGCAAGUCAGCAAAGGAGGCUGCAGCUGCAGCCGAGGUGGAGAAAAAGGUGACGACCAGUAGCGAUGAUAGCAGUACCGCCAAAGCGGAUGGCGCGAAGAAGGAGCAACCGAGGACAUCGAGCAGUACGAGCGAGGUCACCACUAGCGUCGAGGACACGCUGUCGAUGUCACUUCCGACGAUCCAAAGCUUUAAGGCAGCUUCGUCCUGCAGCGACGCAGCAAAAGAGAGCAAGUGCAUUCGCUGGGCAGACGAGAGCGGCGAAGAGCUUGUCAAGGUUAAGUUUAUUGAGUCUUGGCGAGACCUUGUGCCCUACGAUGCACGCCACGACGACCAGUCCUUCAAAGACGCCAAACUUCGGGAGCAUGCGAACGAGCGGCAGGCGCUCCAUUCGCACCACCUCAAGAUCCCGCCUGCUGUAGCAGCCUCGCAGUUGCGCGAAUGGACCACGCCGGCGUUCAUGCGACUACCGGAAGCUGUGGCCGCACGCGUAGAGAGCAAGACCGUGACGGACGAGAUGCACGUGCAAGACAGUCGCCGUCGCCAUGUGGAUGAGUACGAAGUGCUGAUGGGUGAGAUGCCCAUUUCCAGUCCCAAGGAGUGGGAACGCGGCAACGAGCCUCCACGCGGACCGCCUUUGGAGAUUCCGCUGAGCGACGUGGUCGAAAGUGAGCCUGUGAGCCAGCCUCUACCGGUGUCUGCUCCCACAAUGGCCCCGCCAUCCUCCUCGUCAUAUUCUAGCUUUUACCAAGAGGGGUAUCCAUCUGGAGGGUACAGUCAGGCCCCGCCAAGGCAUGACCACCGUGGCGUAAACGAUCGUAGUGAGUAUAAUGGCCAAGAUCCCGAGGCGGACCGCAAGCUGCGUGAAGCAUUGGGUCCGCUGCAGGCGAACACGAUCUCACUGCUGCUGGACAACCCGGACGUGGUGCCGCAGGUCUACGAAGAGGCGCAGCGCAAUGGCAACCGUAUUCCAGAUGCACGUGUGUUUGAAAUUGUGGAUCAGUGCCGUCGCGCACGCUACCAAGCGCCGCCGAGCAGCGGUGGCAGUGGUGGCGGUCCGCCACCUUCGUUCAGUCCUUACGGUAGCCAGCGGCAGCAUUACGGCGACCUGGGCACGGGCUAUGACCACCCGUACCAGCAACAAUACCCGCCGCCGGGAGGGUCUUUCCUGCCUGGAAAGCGAAAAGCGACUGCCAUGGGCGCGCCUCAGAACGGCGGGAUGCUCGACGCGUCGUCACUCAAGCGGCCAGCAAAGAAGAACCGCGGCAUGCUGUCGUGCAGGUAUUUCGCCUCGCCCACGGGUUGCAAGCAUGGCAGCAACUGCCACUAUGCGCACGUUCAGUCGGCGCCUACUAAUGGCCCUGAGUUUAUUUAUAAUAACCGUGGCCCCGCGAUGGGAGGCAGAGGUAGCGGUCUCAUGGAGCAGCGAUACGGCCGCGCUGGCAUCCCGCUAGGAGCCCCCGGCCAUCACGUGCGAGGAGGACGGUAA